CGUCAUGCUGCUGGCAUACAGUCUGGGCGGGCAACUGGACGGCGAAACCACGUUUACCACAAUUGCUGUGUUCAAGAUUCUGCAGCGCUCGGUGUCGUGGCUGCCUAGCGCAGCUUCCGAGGCAAUCACGGUCUAUGUCUCUCUUAAACGCAUAGAGGCGUAUUUAGAUGAGGAAGAGGUGCAGCCAGUUGCCGAGAGAGUAGAUCCACAAGGCAGCGAUAUCGGAUUCGAUGGCGCAGAGCUUGUAUGGCACCUUGCUGACGAGAGCGACUCACCGCGUGGAGAGCCACAAGGCUUACUUGAUACCAGCAGCGACGCCAGUGCCCAGAAGUUUGUGCUGCGCAAUCUCAAUGUACGGUUUCCACUGGGCAAACUCACGGUUAUUGGUGGACCAACAGGCAGUGGCAAGUCGUCGUUGUUGUCAGCACUCAUCGGCGAGAUGACUCUGGUGCAUGGCAAAGUUCUUAUUCCUGUAUCGUCCGACUGGUCGCUGCACAGCGUUGCAUACGUGUCCCAAGAGGCCUGGCUGCGCAACGCCACCAUCCGAGACAAUGUGUUGUUUGGGAGUCCAUAUGACCAGUCGAGAUAUGAGGAGACGCUACGCAUGUGUGGGCUGAAGCCCGAUCUGCGCAUAUUCAGUGCUGGGGAUCUGACCGAGAUCGGUGAGCGCGGAAUUACUCUGUCUGGCGGACAGAAGCAGCGUGUGGCAUUGGCGCGUGCUGUGUAUUCGUCAUGCAAAAUUCUGCUAAUUGACGACUGUUUAUCUGCGGUAGACUCACAUACAGGCAGGCAUAUUCUGCACGAGUGUCUGCUGAGCCAGAGCCCAAUGAUGCACGGCAGAACGCGCAUUCUGGUAACGCAUCAUAUGGCUAUGUGUCUGCCGCACUGCCAGUACAUCGUGAUGAUGCGCAGCGGCGAAAUUAUUGCCCAAGGUUCACCGCUUGAGGUGUCUCAGAUAGUGGCUGUGGAGGAGUUGUCAGAUUCUGAGUUAUCGACUGAUGAUAUGUCAAAUGUGCGGCAGGCAGGACUCGAUGACCCUGUUGCCGAAGACGAGUACAACGAGCAGCGUGCAUUGCUUAGUGCUACUGCAACACCGGGCCGAGAUGGUGCGCUCUGCAGUUCGCUACCAGUUGGUCGGCUCAUUAAAGACGAGGAGCGGAUGCGCGGCAUGGUUAAGGUUGACGUAUGGCGCAGGUAUUUGAGUGCUAGUGGUAGUUGGUCGUUUGUGUCCAGUUGGCUGUUCCUGAUCACAAUUGCGCAGCUGCUUGGCACAUACAAGGAUUACUACCUGGCGCAAAAGGUCGGGUCUGACAAGACCCCCGGCGGUGGCUCCUCUCAGUACAUAUGGCUGAUUGUGUAUUUGUCAAUCAGUCUACUCUCUUCGGUGCUUGUGGCCACCACCAUGCUGCUGAUCUACACCGGCAGCCUGCGCGCCUCAGUGAUUCUGCACGAGCAACUCUUGCGCGCCGUAAUCUAUGCCACCCCGCGUUUCAUGGAUACCACGCCAAUCGGCCGCACCUUGGCACGGUUCUCCAAGGACUUUUACAUGAUUGACGAGGAUAUCGGUGAGAUUGCGUUCUACUUCAUUCGCGCCUUCAUCAUCGCAUUCACUACAUUGAUCGUGAUAUCGACCACGGUCCCACUAUUCGCAGUCGUCGGCGUAUGCGUGCUGUUCUUGUACUCGCAAUUCACGUGGCGGUUCAUGCAGUCACAGCGUGAAGUCAAACGUCUCGAGUCCACGAUGUUCGCCCCACUGCUGUCUCUAUAUAGCGAGUUGAUCCAGGGCGUCGCGUCAAUCCGCGCAUUUGGCAUGCGCGACGCAUACAUGGAGGAGAUCAUGAUACGGUAUACAGAGCACACACAAGCGGAUUUUGUGUUCCGGGCGACACGGCGGUGGCUCGGAUCGCGCAUGGGCACGACAAGCUCGCUGGUUGGAUGCGCUGCGACAGUGAUGAUUCUGUGGAAAAUCGAGUAUUUCAGUAGCGGGCUGGCUGGGUUUGUGCUCAUCUACGCAGUCAGCUUCUGGAUGGAGUCACUGAGCGUUAUCCGCAGGUACAGCAACUUGGAGCUCUCCCUCAAUGCAGUCGAGAGAGUCGGACAGUACUUGGAAAUCGACCAGGAGGCGCCGUCCAAAUCGUCUGUGGGGAACAAGCCUUGCUCAGGUUGGCCGCUUAGAGGCGAGAUUGAGGUCAGAGAUCUGGUCGCUGGGUAUUUUGCGAACGAACCUGUGCUGCACCGGCUGAGUUUCAGCAUUCGUGCUGGCGAGAAAAUCGGCAUUGUUGGACGUACAGGUGCUGGCAAGUCGACAUUGUCGCUGUCGCUUCUGCGGUUUGUUGAAGCUACCAGUGGGCAGGUCUUGAUUGACGGUGUGGACAUAUCCAAAAUCGGGCUUGAGGACUUGCGCCAGAACAUCACGAUUGUACCCCAGGACCCAGUUCUAUUCAAUGGCACGAUCAGGUUCAACCUGGAUCCCUUUGGCGAGUACCCGGACGAGAUCCUGCUCGACGCACUCAAGCGUACGCUUCUGCUCAAAACGACCCAUGAGUCGGCAGGGGAUCGAGGCAUCGCUGUAUUUGAUUCUCUUGACGACGAGAUCAUGAGUGAUGGACAGAAUCUGUCACUGGGCCAGCGCCAGCUGGUGGCUUUGGCACGCACACUGACACGUCGGUCCAAGGUCAUUUUGAUGGACGAGGCUACGGCAUCAGUUGAUUUCGAGACCGACGAGACCAUGCAGCGCACUAUCCGCGGAGCAGAAUUCAAGAGCUCGACUAUUCUGUGCAUUGCACAUCGCUUGCGCACUAUUAUUGACUAUGACCGGGUUCUUGUGCUCGAGAAUGGCAGGGUGGAGGAGUUUGGCACUCCGGCGGAGCUGAUUCAGGCGGAGGGCGGAGUGUUCAGAACGCUGUGCGAAAAGAGUGGCGAGCUCGAUGUUUUGGUCAAUAUGGCAUGUGGAAAUCUAGAAGCUUAGAAGACAUAGUGGCGCUUCUAUUUGAACAUACGAUGAAGGAGGCGUUGAGGGUGCCGAGGGGCCACGGUUGUGUAUAAAAGAAGACUCUGUCGAAGGACAGUAGCUUUCUCCGACAUCUUCAGUCUUUCUCUCAGUCGCUUUCCACCAUUGUCACAAAUUACUUGCCAUGAAAUACAUCUCCGUCCUGCUUCUGGCUGCUGUCUCGACCGUGCUUGGAUGCACAUCGAAUUCAGAGUGCUCUGGCAAUGAAGCCUGCGAUAUCAAAGGGCAGUGCUCUAUCCCCGCUUCCUGCAGCUCCUCGGGCGACUGCCGCGAUGGAGAGUUUUGUGCGCCCGGCGGGAUGUGCCUACGUGCUUAAAGUAUUC